GUAAUCGAGUCAAUUGGCACUUUGUAAACAAACAAAAUGGCAGCAAAAGUUGGAAAGGUUGCAGUCGAAACGAGUGCUUUCUUAUUGUGUGAUGUUCAAGAAAAAUUUUCCUCUCUCAUCAAAUACUUUCCUCAGAUAUGCCUGGUUGCACAACGCCUCUCUCUAGCUUCAAAGCAUUUGGAAGUUCCUUUAAUUGCUACGGAACAUUAUCCGAAAGCAUUAGGUAAUAUUGUUCCAGAAAUAGAUGUUUCAGAGGCGAAGAUCUUUCCUAAAACCUCAUUUUCUAUGAUGGGAGCACCUGGACUCCGUGAACAUUUAUUUACUGUGCGACCUAAUCUCAAAUCUGUUGUAUUGUAUGGAAUUGAGACACAGAUGUGCAUCUUGCAAACAGCCUUGGACUUCCUGGAAGAAGAUUAUGAUGUUCAUGUAAUAGCUGACGCAACUUCUUCACGAACUAUGACCGAAAGGUUGCUUGCACUUGAACGUAUAAGACAAUGCGGUGGAUUUAUCACAACCAGUGAAUCGUUGUUGUUUAUGCUACUUAAGGAUGCCAAGCACAAGCAAUUUCGAGAUAUUCAAAAACUUAUUAUGGAGUCAGCUCCUUAUCAGGGGCUUGUACCACAAGACUGAUUAUUUAGUUUUUUGGCUUAUUUCUUUAUUUUUUAUUUUUCUACAGAUUUCCAUGCAUUUUAUUGCCUAUGAAAAAUAAUUAUUAUAAAGAAAACAUUACCCCUUAAUUUUUCACGUUACAAUGUGAACCAGCAGAUUCCCUAGAAUUUUACAGCAUGUAUUAUUUCGUCGAGCGUUCACAGGACGAUAAUCCUACUACGCAUAUUUUCGUCAACGAUGUAUGCGGAUUACUUCCAGUUUUACUUUUUAUUCGCGGUCGGGAAGCUUUACCACAACUAGACAAACUUUUUAUCAGCAAGAAGAAUGUUUUUAAGAAGAAAAUUAGAUGUCGAAUAAAAGUCA